AUGGGUCCUGACAAGUCAUUGCCUGCGCUCCUAGCUGCGUUACUCCUGCGCCCGCUUUGGCUUCUCAAUGAUGUGUGCUUCCAAGAGACCCGGAUGCAGAAGGAUGUCCACAAGUCGCUGAUUGACGCGAAGCGUGUGGCCGUGUUCGAGUGUAAGCCAAACAAGGACAAGGAUGAGGAGGCCAGGGACAACAGCGAGGCCAAGGAUACAUAUUAG